CUUUUCUCUUUGCGUCGUGUCUCUAGCCCCACCCACAUAACAGCAAUCGAGAUGUCCCCUUUUUCUUCCUUCUUCUCUCUUCUUCAUGCAUUUUCCUUCUUCCAUUUUCUUGUUCUGGCUUUUAUCUCCAGCUGCUGUUGAACUUCGCGCAAAGGAAAGCGACGAUCUCCGGUGGCGACGACGUUGGGCUGUAGAAGGAAGGGAUAAGUAUCUCGACGGUUCAAUUGCUGGCAAGGCAUGGGGAGGAAAAGGAAAGUUGCAGGCGAUGCUGGAGAAGCUUAUAAAACUAAAUACAACUUCUGGGAUGCAUCACACGAUGGUCCGUUUCUUAAAUGCUUGAUGGAAUUAACAGAGAAAGGUCACAAUCUUCUGGGCAGAAGUGAAUAUGUCUUUUGAAAAUGGUUGUAGUAGAAUGACAACCAUCUUAUGUAAAGAAUUGUAUGUCUUUUAUUAGUGCAGCUUAAUAGUACACUGAACGGUGUAAAUGUUUAAAGGCAUUGUUAUAGUGGUUUAAGACAUGGUUAUUCUAGCUUCCAUGAUUGUCAAUUUUAUUACAGGAACUGUCCAUGGGUGAACAAAAGUAUAUGUAACAUCCCGAACCUUUUCUCA